AUGGGGCAAAAGAUAUUUGGAGCAGUGGAGAGUCGAACUCCAGGCCUCACGCAUGCGAAGCGUGCGCUCUACCAACUGAGCUACAACCCCAAACCAGACCGGCCCCAGAUCGGCCCCGUGUCUGGGGCCCGUGUGCGUCAGCUCCUCAAACAACAAUCGACAAUCCGUCACCAUCAGGCCUGGACGUCACAGAGGCGGGUCAAGAGGGCGAUCCCUGACAUCGAGGACGUGGAAUGGAACUCGACCUUGGCUUAUGUCCACGACAGGCACGCAGUCUUCACCUUUUACAGCAACAGCAAGGACACCCAUCAACGAACACAUCACAUCAAAAAGCUGCAUGGAAUGCUGCCCACUCUGAACUCCAUGCAGGCUCGCAAGCCCAACCUGUACCCAACAUGCGUGUGCCGACGAUGCGAGCUCGAGAAGGAGGAUAACGAUCACGUCUGGAAAUGCCCUUCGGCAGCUGAGACCACCACUGAGAUCUGGAAGGAGGCCAUGGGCAAGAUUAAUGAGUGGGGUGUGCAGGCGACAAACAGCUACAACGCAGCCAGGAAGCGGGAAUACAAACGCGCGGUGGACAGAGGUCGUCAGGUACCGAGGCCAGUACCCAUACACUGGUGGCCCCCUUCGGAUGCAGAUCAUGUACGAGGAUUUUCCUCCAUCGGUGGAGCUCGAGCCGUGCACAGCGGUAGUCCAGCUCUCGAUCGAGACGAGAAACCGAUGUGGAAUGUGUCGGAUCUCCUCCGCGGCAUCACCCCCUUGAGCAUGUUGACUGAAUGGUCCGCGGUCUUCCGGACCCCAAUGUCCAUCGCCAAGACAGUCCUUCACAAGUUUGUUGGCUACCUGGAGGCGCAGGCCUCGGAGCUGAUCUGGAAACCUCGGUGCUCCGCGACGAUCGCGUGGGAGCAGACCCAGGGCAUCUCUGCCAAGGACAAGACAUCCAAGUACACAGGCCCCCGAGCGACAAUUGUUGCGCAGAGCCAGGUUCUGGACCGGACUGCGACUGGUGGAUGGUGCACUGAAGAGUUUGGUCUGUAG